GACCGGCCCCGCUCCCUCCUCACACGGAUCCACAGACGUGGAAUCCACACAUGCCGCUGGAAGGCGGGUUUUUUUUUUUUUUUUUUUUAGGGGAGUUUUGAACAGUUUGACGGCGCUAACUUGUUGCUUUGAAGAAAGCUUAGCAACAACGGCAAAGGCUUCAGGUGUUUGAGGGAGCGCUGCGUGUUUUUUCUUCAUAAUUCAUUCAGCUGAGGAGGAGGAGAAGGAGGAGUAAAACUAUUUUCCCUCUUCUUUUUUUGUUUUUUUGGUCACUUCCUAACUUUUAGUUCAGCAGAUUCGCUUCGGCCUGCUGGGUUUGCUGCACGAAGACUGCACAACAACAAGAGGCCACGUUCGAGCAGGUGCCAGGAUGGAUGAGGCGGAGAAGUACAAACAGCGACUGGAUGCUAUUGCAGAGAAGCGUCGACUGCAAGAGGAGGAGGACAGAGUCAAAAGAGAGAAGGAGGAGGAGAGGAUUAAACAACGGCAGCUUAAGAGGAAGUCUUUGAGGGAACAGUGGUUGAUGGAACCAGCUCCCUUGUCCCCAACCUACCAGAAGUCCCCCGAGUCCCCAACAAGAUCGAAGGGAGAGACUCAGGAGUCACCAGAGGCCCCUGAGAAACAAGCGGGAGAUGGUCGAACGAAGACUGUACAAGUAGAAGAUGCCAGAAAUGAACUUGUUCUGCAGAAUGGUGAAAAGGGUGCAUCAAAACCUGAAACCCCUGAGGAUGAAGGGAAACGUAACCAAACCCCGGCAGAGGUUGAAACUGCGGUUGUUCUGACCAACGGUGGGGGGGUCCCGGACUCAAACGGAGUUUCAGAGCUCGGCGAAUCAAACAAACAUGGAGCCUCUGAAGGUGCAGAGAAUGUGAGGGUGCAUGGGAUGGGAGUCAUUGAUCAGAUUCCAAACGACAGCGUUCUUGAAAAGGAGGAGGAGGAAGGGACCCUGGUGAUGAGAGCUGAAUGCGUGCUCAUCACAGAUGAAGGGGAUGAUGUUUCCCAGGAGCUCACAUCCCAGGAAGAUCAGCAGGGGUCCGUGGAAUCAGACAAAGCCCAUCUGCUAGAUCCAGAAGCAGGCAAAGAGAAGGGGGUGGCUGUGGAGGAGGCGGUAAAAACAGAAACGCCUCCAGAAGCUUUGGGGAAAUCAGAGGAAGAAGAUCCACCUGUUGAACCGCAGUCGCAGACACGUCCUCUAGAGGGCGUCACGGUAACUGCAGUGCCAGUCUACACCGAAGCACCGCUCCCUAUUCUCAGCUCAGCAAAUGAGGGUAAGGAUGCAGCUUCAGCAGACACACCAGAGGCUGCGCCAAAAACCCCAAACCUUUCUGCAGCACCCACACAGUUCCAGGAGGUGCCCCUGACUGGUCCUCAGGACAAGCAAGACAACAAUGCGGGUCCAGGAGAGCAGGAGCCUCUUCUGCUGAAAGUAGAAGCCUCCAACAGGGCUAGCGAGGCCCCAGCAGCAGGGGGGAACAGCCCCGCCAGUGCAGAGACACAGAUCCAAAGUCGCGGGGAGAGCAAAACACCCAAACAGAAAACCUGCCAGUGCUGCUCCGUCAUGUAAACCAUCUGUUGUCGUCCAUUCCAUCUCUCUGCUGAAGAAUUCACUACAUUCCUCCAGUCUUCUUUUUAUGCAUUCUUCCACAUUUGCUGCAUUCAUACACUACAUUCAACCUGCACUCACCAACUUCAUCUUUUUUUUUUUUUAACAAGAACAAUGUCAACUGUCCAGAAUUAAAGGGCUGUCAUGGACUUUAACCCAACGACAUUUAAAGACUCCAUCUUUAAAUCCCCUUUAUACCAAGUGAACCUACAAAAAGUCUACUCUUCUUUUGAGUUUUGUUGCAUUUUUCUUGGUUGACAGAUGAACCUCAGUCUGCAUCAAUCCCUCACAUAAAGUCUAACUUGUUGUUUUUAAUUGCUGUAUAAACAUUUAGAUCUCAGCAUGUUUUUUAAAUCUAAAAAGGUGCAGUAGCUAAACAUGGUCAGAGAUCUGCAGAGGUUUGUUGAGCAACAAUAGUUUAGUUUCUUAAAAAUUAAAUUCUUGUAUUUUUGGGGAGAACCUGUUAUUGGAGAUAUUCAUUAAUACAUAUAGGUAGGAAACGGGGUUUAUCUACUUUUUAAAGUUGUUGUGGCAGCCGUGGGUCUGCAAAUGUCUACUUUCAAAAUAAGUGGAGCUCAUUUAGACCAUUUUUAAAGAAAAUGUUUCAAAUUCCCUUAAGUGUGAAUUUAUUUUAUAUUUUUUGUUAGACAGGCUUAACAUUAAAGAGUAAAGUUUGAACACCCAUACUUACUUUAAAUAGAAAUAAGCAAAAUAUGUGAGUUGUUUUUAGGAUUGUAUAAUGAUUAAACUAACGAUUGUUCUACACCACCUGGCUCGUUUGGUGUUCUAGUGCAGCUAAAAUGGGGUAAAUUGUUAACAAUAUAACAUUAAGGUUUUUAUUUUUACAUGAGUUGUACAUUGAAUAGGUAACUUUAUUUUUUGCAUAUUUUGUUCCACAUGCAUAUCCCAGUAGCAGAAAGUAUAAAUUCCAUGGAACUUGUUCCCGCUGUACUCGACAUGUUGCAUAAGAAAGCUUUCCUUUUUGUAAGAAAGUCGAGCUUUUUUGUUUGGAACUUGCUGCUAGAGAUCCUGCACGUUUCAUUUCACUCUAUAGAAAAAGAUGAGAUCUUUGGAAGAUUCAGUUUGCCUGUUUGAGUUCAGCCAAGCUGAGCAGAAAUGAUCUAUUCUGAUCUUAAAAACAUCUGAUAAGUUUAAAAAAAAACCAGUCCUGUUAAAGUAUAAAGCAGUUGAAAUCUGAAUUUUAAAGAUUUUCAUCUAAUUGACAUUUCUAGUCCCAAAACAAGUAACUGGGUGGCCUCCUUUUAUUAGAAAAAAAUAAAUAUUAAAAUAGUAAAUUUGACUUAAUUAUUAAUCAGUAAUAACUUCAGUAAUCAGAAGUCCGUUAAGAUGAAUAAGCAAAAUAAAACAUUAAAUAAUAUUUUUGAAAAACAGGUAUUUCAACUUUCUAAGAUAAUUUGAAAGGAGUUAGAAUUGUCAGUGACGGGUUUGUGGCUGUGACAGUUUGAUAAUGGAAGUUCUGUUUAAUUUGUACAUGUUCUAUACGCAUCAAAUUGUCAGCUAUAGUAUUUUAUUUCAUAUAUAGACUGGUUUCCUUAGCAUAAUUGCUUCUUAAAGUAGAAAUUCAAAUACUAAGUAAAUGCCAAAGUGUCUUUGCUUGAUAGAAUUUUCACAAUUCUCAAAGUUGCUGUGAUUAAGAAACAUUUAAAUCAAUUUCUAGUUUGGCACAGUAAGGAAGGGACUAUGCCAAAGGCGAGAAGAUGAGCAUGAUGAUUACAUGUUUGUUCUUAAAAUCCGGUACUUCCCGCACAUGACGCAGUAGUGCCAACUGGGAAGUUUCAGUGGGUUCAAAGACUGUUGCUGUUAAAAUGGAGAAAGACAUGACACCAUUCAGUCAUUUUUAGUAAUAAAUUCCUGUUUUUUUAAUUAAUUAUUACAUUCCGGGUUUUCUCGUUAAGUUGUGAAUUACUACCAUAUUUUCCUCCUGAUUUUUAUGAUCAAAACAUUAGAUUUCACAAACUGAAAUGGGCAGAAAGUAAACCUUUGAGUGUAAAUAUUAUCCAUGAAUCAUGCCCGCUCUGUCAUUGAACCUCUGACGUCACAAAACAGUUUGUGAGGCAAAUAUAAGCUCUACCUUCUUCCAGAGAGACAGAUUGAAAGGAGAGACAGACAUGCUGCGUGUGAUCUUCACCAUUCUGUUGUUCACCCCUUUGGGUUUCUCAGCUCCGCUGGACUGUGAGAAGCUGAUCCAGCGCCUGGAUCCGCUCGAUCCCCUUCAACAUGCUUCUGGAAGAUGGCCGUUGGUUGCCGGCAGUGUGAAAGAAGAGAGCGACCUUUUCCUCCCACUUGAAACAACAUUAAGUAUAAGUCUGGAAUUGGGUAAAUCCUCCUUUACCCAGUUUAUCCGAAGCAUUCCUGGAUGCUUGUUGAUUGCCUCCAACUUCACCCUGGAAGACCAUGUUAUGAAGGCGGUAAUAGGCUGCAACAACCACACCAUCACCUUUUUCCGUACGUCCUGCCCAGACUGCAGGCUGUUCACAAUUGAAGCGAGGACCUCUGCCGCCAAGUCUGAGGGAAUCUACCUGUUCAGCAGGAGGAGAGAGCUGAAGCCCCAUGAGAUCACCGAGUUUAAGAGUCAAGCGGCGUGUUUGAAGUUCCCUCCAGUUGUGGAGAUGGACCCGGAGGAAGAACUUUGUUAGCUGCACGAGAUCUGCAGUUCAAGAUGAGAAACGAAACGUUCAGAAGUGGAGCUUAAGGACUGAAAAUGACAUUCCAGUGGAAACAAUCUUAACUGGAAGAAACCUCAAGCUGAAUCAAGCCACAGAGGUCAACAGCUUUGUCAUUCCUUUUGUCAUCCUCAAUAAAUCUGAAACUUAAAUCAAA